AUGACCAAGAGACUUGCAGAGGAUGAGGUAGAUGGAGGGGUCUCUCUCAAAAGUGGCGAACGACCUCAACAGUUGCAGGAAGGGAAUGUUAUUGAGAAUUUCGAAGAUGAAUUCGAGGAUGAAUAUGAGAGCGAAGAUGAGAUCAUGGAAGCUGGCGUAGACGGUCGCCCUGAUCAAGAACGAGAAAUAGAAGAGAAGGGCAAUGCGAUGGAUAUCGACAAGCGACCUUUUAUACCAGGGCGGGAUCAGCUACAGAACGGAGAGUCCCUAGCACCUGAUAGCUCUGCUUACGACCUCUUGCACGGCUUGAGCACCACCUGGCCAUGCCUCUCCUUCGACCUACUACCGGACUCGUUGGGCGACAAUAGGAAGACGUAUCCUGCCACGAUCUAUGCUGUAGCAGGAACGCAAGCAGAAUCGUAUCGAUCAAGAGACAAUGAGCUGAUGGUCAUGAAACUUAGUGGGUUAAGUCGAACAGAAAAGAAAGAUGAUUCGGAUUCGGACGACGAUGAAUCAGAUGAAGAGACAACGGAGCCCAUCCUCGAAACCAAAUCGAUCCCCAUGAACUCUACCACAAAUCGUAUCUGUGCCCAUCAAUUUCUCCAAACCAACUCCUCCACACCUCCCACCACGCUUACAGCCACAAUGACUGAGUCCGCCGAACUCCUCAUUCACGACAUCACGCCCCACCUCCAGUCCUUCGACCGACCUGGCAUGACAAUCACCCCGCAACAUUCCCGUCCUAUUGCUACUUCAAAAACACAUCGAACAGAAGGCUACGCGCUUGCUUGGUCUCCCAAUCACCCAGCCGGCAAACUGCUCAGCGGCGACAACGAUGGCAAGAUCUUCCUCCACUCCGCCACGGACGCCAGCUCCCCUAUGAAAUGGACGUCUGACACCCGGCCAUUCACAGGCCACGAGAGCAGCGUAGAGGACAUUCAAUGGAGCCCAAGCGAGACCAACGUUUUUGCGUCCGCUAGCAGCGACGGCACAAUUCGCGUCUGGGAUAUCCGUUCGAAAUCCCGCAAACCUGCACUUACAGUGAAAGUCAGUGAUACAGACGUCAACGUCUUAAGCUGGAAUAAAAAGCGGGACUAUCUCCUCGCCUCAGGCGCCGAUGAUGGGGUAUGGGCCGUCUGGGACCUUCGAUCUUGGAAAUCCUCCUCGGGGGGCAGAAGCGGGAGUAGUAUCUCCUCCACCCCUGUCGCGAAGUACGAUUUCCAUAAGGAGCAGAUUACGAGCAUUGAGUGGCAUCCUACGGACGAUUCUGUGGUGUGUGUGACUGCGGGGGAUAAUACGAUGACGCUUUGGGAUCUCGGGGUGGAAUUAGAUGAUGAGGAAGCUAGGGGGAGCGCGGCUGCGGAGGGAGUGCCGCCGCAGUUGUUGUUCUUGCAUUACUUGGAGAACGUGAAGGAGGGGCAUUGGCAUCCGCAGAUUCCGGGGUUGGUCGUGGGGACAGGGGCUGGGGCUAAUGGGGGACAGCUAAGGUAUGUAGCUGACUGGAAAGGGGAAUGGGAACAUUUGUACUAA